UUUUGUAUUAUUUCAAGCUCUCUUGAUUCUCUCCCAAAACAACCAAACCUUGACCGUCUUGCAGUUGCUCUUAGCUGAUUUUUGUUUCAUUUUCACAAAAAUCUUCUAUACAGUGUCUGAGAAAUGGCGGAAGCUAAGGUUGAGAUUGUAUCCAAAAUCACCAUAAAGCCAUUUUCUCCAACACCAAAUCACCUCAAACACUUCAAAUUUUCUCUUCUUGAUGAGUUAGCCCCUCCUCCUUCUGUUUACAUUCCAAUGGUUCUGUUCUACUCUGCUGAUGAUGAUCAUGAUUUUCCCAAAAUGUCACAAAAGUUGAAGACUUCUUUACCAGAAGUUCUCACUCUCUACUAUCCAUUCUCUGGAAGAAUCAAAGGAAACAAAGGAAAUCUCUAUGUUGAUUGCAAUGACGAAGGUGUACUUUACCUUGAAGCAAGACUUCCCUCAAAGCUCUCAGAUUUUCUCGAGUAUAAUACGAACCAACAACUCAAAGAGGUAAAAGGGUUUCUUCCAUUAGAUCCCUAUACACCUAAACAUGACGAUGAUGAAGAAGAUCGCCGCGUAAUGGCUGUUCAGGUCAGUGAAUUUGGUUGUGGAGGUAUAGCUAUUGGUGUUUGCAUCUCACACAAGCUUUGUGACGGAACAACAGUAGCUUCAUUCCUCCAAGCUUGGUCUCAAAAGGCAAUGACAGAUCAUGCAAGUGACGUGGCUUCUUCUUCUUUGCCUCUUAAUAUGGAAGCUUCUGUUCUUUUUCCAUCCAAAGGCAUAGAGAUUGACAUCAAUGCCAUGAUAGGUGAGAAGAGUAUUACAACGAAGAGAUUCUUGUUCAGUGAGGAUAGCUUGUGUAGGCUAAAGGAAGAAAUUUCAAGAGGAUUUAGCUUUAAGCCCACUAGGGUUGAAGCUGUGACAACUUUGAUUUGGAAAUCCGCUUUAGAAGCUGCAAGAACCACAGAGACAACUCACCAAAAUAGUUCAUUCAUCUUACAUGCUGUGAACAUACGUGGCCGAAUGCUGUCGCCAUUGCCGGAGAAUUCUUUAGGUAAUCUCUUUGUACCUGCCAUUUCCCCAUUGCUUGAGGUUGACAAAGAAAUGAAGGUGGGGCUACAAGAUUUGGCAGAAGAAGUGAGGAAAACCAUCAAAAUGGUUGAUGGGAAUUAUGUGAGUAAGUUUCAAUGAGAAGGUGAAGAACUUAAUGAAAUGCUUGAAUCAAUGUUACAAAUGUUGUUUCUAGUGACAGAGAAAGGUGUUCCUUGUUAUAUCUUCAGUAGCUGGGUGAGGCUUGGCUUCUAUGAAACAAACUUCGGAUGGGGAAAGCCAACAUGGGUUUGUACUAUUGGAGUGCCUGCAAGAAAUGUGAUCAUUUUGAUGCCAACAAGUUAUCGGGAUGGAUCAGGAAUAGAGGCUUGGGUCAAUUUGAAUGACGAUCAUAUGCUCCAAUUCCAAAAUAAUCCUCUACUUCUUCAAUAUGCUUCUUUCGAUCCUUAAUCUCUCACCAACACUUAAUGAAGAAUUAGAAAUUUGUAAUGACGAUUAAUGACAUACAUUAUUAAUAUAGGAUCGAAUGAGUAUUUGCUAAUUAAUUAAGUUGGUGUCGGCGUGUGGAGUAGUAUAUUUAUUAAUUCGGGUAUUGUUAGCUGAGCUUCAUUUUAUAUGUGAGUUGUUGGUUAUGUAUUGAAUUAUCGAUAAAAAGUGAUCAAGUAAUUAUAUGUUUUUUUGUCU